AGUAACUAUAACCAAAAAAAUAACUAGGACAAUCCUCUAGCUUCUUUCAAUUUCCAAAUGCAACCAUGUCAUCAUCCCUGCUGCAUUCCCAAAUCUCUUUUCCAUUAGAGUCUCUCACCAGUUCCAACAAGAACACAUCCAAAACGAGACCAUGCAUUGCUCGAUUAUACAACAAAAGGACACAUUUCAUCAAUCUUGUUUCCAAACCUACAUCUCUACCAAACCUAAGCAACAAUUGCUCAAUUGAAAAAUGGAAAGCGCGUGACAGCGGCGACGAAUCAGGCGAAGUUUCUCCUGAAUUCCUUCCAUCAAGUCCUUCACCAGUGCACAUUGUUCAUGAAUUCUACGAGGCUUUCAAUAAAAAAGACACAGAAACAUUGAAGCUAUUACUUUCUCCUGAAUGUGUCUACCAGGACCUCCUUUUCUACAGUGCCUAUGAAGGCCAAGAGAGCAUCAUACACUUUUGGCAAAGCGUGAUGGAUGCAAUGGGUCCAAACAUUCAUGUUUUUGUGGAAGAUGUCAAGGAGACCAACCAUGUUAUGGUGACUGUGUUUAUGCACCUAGUGUGGAAAGAUAAGAAGUUGCCCUUCACAAGUGGGUGUAGAUUCUUUACUUUUGAAGAAGUUGAAGGAAAAUUGUUAAUCAGCAAGAUAACUGGCAUGGAGGAAUUUCCGCUAAAACCCGGCGAAUUAGUGCUGAAACUUCUAAAAGGAAUUGGCAAUAUUCUGGAUAACUAUCCUCUAGCAGCCGGAGGUAUUUCAACUAUGCUUGAUUCUCAUGCCUCACAACAAGAUGGAGGAAGUGACACGCAUUUCGAUUUCGAUUUCUUUGGACGGAAACAUUAACAUUGCUUAGUUGUGUAAAUUACUUACAAAACUCAGAGAUCAGUGUUUAUGCCAUGCUUAUUGUAAAGAGAAACUCGAAUAUCAACAAACUUCCCAGCAAAUCAAAUAUGGUUUUCGAGUU